CAUUUCGCUUCUUCUCCUAACCUCCCAACAGCGCGACCUGAUCCAAAAACCAGUGAACGUGUGGUGAUGUCACUAACAGGUUGCGGGCUAUAUUCGCUUUAGCAAAACUGCACCCCACGUCGUCACUGUCACCAUCAGCAGGAGAAAGGCUUUUACUUCGCCGUUCGGUGAAAACUUCGCUCUUGAUCUUGUCGAAGAAAACUAAUGCCAGCGCGGUGACAGGAGGGCAAACAAAACGUGCACACACGGUUUGAUUGCCUCCAACGCGUCGGGCUCCGUUCAGGCGGUAUAUAAACGCGCAAAGAAGAUGCACACCGCUUGACUGGUGAAAAGACCUUCAAACCGUGCAGACGUUGUGCGGCGUAAUCAUACCGGUGGAAUCGCUUAGUGUGCAGUGUGUGAUAACUGACGAUAAAAAAAACACUCAUCUUAAGGACAGCUAAGUGUGUACGGUGUUUAUCGCGGACCAGUGAUAUCCAGUGAACUGUCUAGUACAAAUGUACCAAGAAAAGGACUUCUUGUUAAACUGAGUUGCAAUCAGCGUGGAAAGUUAACGUUUCCUCCCAACUACCAGCCAUUUUCUCGUGCCCAAACCGCGUGCUAUUGUGGGUGAAAAUGUUAUCGCCUCAGCUAUUUCUAAUAGUGAUCCUCGCCUCUACCAGCAUCGGCUUAGUAUCCUGCUUUAAGGACUCCCUACACGCCUACGCUCCAGAAUAUGCUCAUCCAGCUUACUCCUUCAGCUACGGAGUUAAAGAUUUACACAGUGGCGACGUGAAGUCACAAUGGGAAACGCGUGACGAUGGCAUUGUUAAGGGGCACUACAGUGUCGUUGAGCCAGACGGUUCUAUCCGUGAGGUGGAUUACACUGCUGAUUCUAAAACAGGUUUCAAUGCAGUCGUUAAAACACACGGUCCGAAUGCUCAUCCUGUGCGCGAUCAUGAUCACCACGAUCACAAGACACACUACUACGAUGAACAUCAUUCCCAAUCGAAGAUCAACCAUUUCAGUAAGGGACAGGAUCAUCUGAUCCUUAGUUCCGAUCUGCCACAGCGCGAGAGAGACAUUGCUGAAAUCAGUGAGAAGAAACGACCAAUACCUUCCAUCUUGGAACUGAAACCGCACGUCAAUCUCGAAAAGCCGCUCGUGGCGUACAAACAUUAUGAACCACCGAAGACAGUAUUUCAGCACUAUUCGUACGACGAACUGAAGCCUCAUCAUGUCACGGUAGAGACGGAACAUAGCCACAAGCACUAUGUUUCUGACUCGUCCGACUUCUUCUCCGAACAGCUCGACACCGACAAGGACCUAUUCAAACCGAGCAUUCGCAUCGAAGAAGUGAAAGCACCGGAUCUAUCCAAGCUGAAACCCAUCUCGCCGGAUGUGGAUUUUUCACAGCUUUCCGAGAGUGAUCUCGGUCCUUACUACACCAAGGAUAGUUUACGACCGUUCGCACAGUACACUACUCACGUCUCACAUCCGGUCACACUGCAGAAAGCAAAAGUUCACACCAUCCAGGUGGACAGUAAGCCAAAAAAGAACCUGCUAAAGCCUCUGACCACACCGGGGCUAAAGAACUUCGCAACACCGUCGGUAUACAAAUUUGCCGCCCGUGGACCGUCACGACCGGACUAUGCUAGCUACUUCAAGACGAAAGCCAGUCGCCAGGCUCGUACUGGUCCGGUUCUUUUCCAUCCGGAUGAGCAAAAGCGUGCUUCACAGCGAAUGGUUCAAUCAAUGCUAUCGCGCCAGCAUUCUCGCAAUCUUCCCGUGUACGCGAAGAAUUAUGCUUGACCUGGUACAGACCUCAAUGGUCCAAUGGUGCAAUAGAAGCCUAAUCUGCAUCGUUCUGUAGGUUUCACGAGUCGCAUUUUCCGUGUAACCAGCGAUAUUCUUAUUUAACUGCCAAAACAGUCGUGCAGUUGAUGAAGAGAUUCAUCGCUGAACCAGUCACUCAAGCCGACAGUGUAUGAACAGGUUAAUGGGUUUCAUAGAAUAUUAAGUAUGUUAUCUAUUUAAUAAAUAUGAUGUCCUAGAAUGUA